AUGUGUUCAGCCUUUGCCGCGUCGAACGGAACAGAGGCAGCCACUGUGUAUGACAUUCCGGAGUGUACCCAAGAUCAGCUGAAUCUCGGUGAAGCAAUCCUUACCACGGAGCCCAGCACACUGCAGUGUGAGAAGAAGUUCGGCAUCAAGUCCGGCAUGCUCCUGCAGUCAGCCGACGCCGCAGAUGAGUUCUGCGCAGAGCAGGCCUGUCUCAACGCACUGCGGACGCUGUUCUCCACGCUACCCAAUUGCCGCUACGAAUUAUGGGGACUCAAGUAUUCGGCUACAAAGUUCCUCAACCACUGCGGCUUCUCCACGGACAUCGCAUAA